GAACAAUCCGAGCUGGAAGAACAUGAUCGUGAUGCCUGUAUAUAUUAUUUGUGUCUGUCUCUUAGUUGGAAAUUGUAUUCAAGGUGUGUUGUCACAAGGCAAUGGACAGGUUGAAGAUGGCGGACAUCCGUUUGAUCCAAACAAACUCAUGCACCAAUUUAUGCAAAUGAGAACGGACCAAAAUGCUUUCGGCUCUUACAAUCCAAUGGAUGUAAAAGAGGCAGCGAAAGCCUAUUUCCAGAAAACCAAUCCACAAGGAAAUGGACCUCCGGCGGUCAACUUCAUUGCUGCAUUAAGUGGUUUUGAUCCAAAUGGACAGAGUAUGUUUGCUGGACAUCAGUCAGAAAUAUGGAAAUUCUCUUCGCAUUACAACCCGAAUGAAAACAUACACAAAUACGUUUCGGAGUCGACAGACGUAGGAUCGCUUGGGCGUAUUGAUACACCAGACGCAGGACUCAACCAAGGAAUUACUUCCGGUGAAUCUCACCCCAACAACCAUUUCAAUGCCAACGCAUUGAACAGUAAUUUGAUGACUGUCAUCGACAAACACAAGUUCAGGCCCGGAGAGGGCACACCUUCGACUUUCUCUUCCCCUACGGGUAGCGUAAGUAUGCCAGGACCAGCAACAAGCCAGAUGUCGGGCACGCCGAAUAUGGAAGCCGGAUUUAAUCCGAACCACUUAAACCACGAACUCUUCCAAAACCUUGGUUACAAUCCGGAGGCUAUUAAUUCGGAGACUGUCCUUCCACAUACUAAUCCAAUGACCUUACUUGGACAAGGUAAUACACAAGAUGUACAUAAUGGGGCAUCAGGAAAUACUGGCUCCACGCAGAGCAUCGGAGUGGUUACAAAUGGUAAAAUGUCGCAAGAUGGAGGGACAACUACCCACAACCAAGGAACAGAAACACAAAACAGUGGACACACUUUAAAUCAAGACGGUGGGAGUGGUGCACAAACCGGAGUACAGAAUAGCGGGACUGGCACGAAUGAGGUACAAAACGGGGGAACUCACAAUAGUGGAAAUAUCAUGACUGGAAUACAAAAUGGUGGAAUAUCGACACAGAAUGGCGGGAAUAUCAUGACUGGAACUGGCGGAUCCACAAUUCAGAAUGGUGGAAUUAACACUCAAAAUGGCGGCAAAGGAACAGAGAAUGGUGGAACAACUCACAACGGGAAUGUAGGAAUUCAAAAUGGAGGUACUGUCACACAGAUUGGGGGUGCCACAAAUCAGAACGGGGGAACUGGGGUACAAACUGGAGGUGCUACGACCCAGAACGGGGGAACUGGGUCACAAACUGGGGGUGCUACGGCCCAGAAUGGUGGAACAGUAACCCAGAAUGGAAAUUCCGCGACAGGAAAUGGAGGAAACACUGGACAAAGCACAGGCAGUAAUACACAAACAUCAAAUCAACCACAGUAUCACAUUGUACUGAACAGCAAGGGCGAACAUGUGCUUGUUCAAUCAACAGACACAAAGGGGAAAUUCAUCGUUAUCAAAACAAUAUCUAAUGAAAAAUUAGCGAACUAUUUGAUUGGAAAACUGUCAUCUUCCACCAGCAACGGUUCCCCAAUUCCUAAAUCUCUAUCUGCAUUUAUAUCUGAUCAUAGUAAAGAAGAGUCUGCAUUACCAAUGGUAGAAGGGUCACAUUUCAAUAUGAAUACCAACGGUUACCAUGCAGUACAUGAAAAUGUCCCAUCACAGCAGGUAGGUGCUUACGGGACCCAGGCGAUCACAGCAAAUGGAAUCGGGGAACUAGGAGGCGAACAAGUUGGUCAAAUACCGAGCGUUUAUGGUUCAGAAUCGCUGGGGAAGGGAUCCCAACCCAGUCGCCCAAUUGUAGAGAAUGGGAAUAUACACCAAGUUAACACGAAUCCAUAUGUUCACGUGACCGGAAUAGGAACACUGGGUGGUUCCAACUCAGACUCUCAGUUACAAGUACCCGGAUUAGAAUCCGGUACAAAUACACAGGCAACUGGAAUAGGAAGUCUUGGUGGAGAUGACAGCGGAAAUGAUGGAAAACAUACACAGUUUACAGGAAUGGUGAAACCAGUGGGAAUCGGGUCUCUGGGAAAAAGCAGUUUGAAACGAGCCAACAUUAAAUAAAAUGAACCCAGUACAAAACUUUAUAUGUUGUAGUAAGAAUGGCAUGAAAUAUGUGCAUCCAAUUAUUUAUUUGACGAAUUGGCAAGUAAUACAAAGGAAUAAAAUACAUAUUUAGGUAAUAAAUAAAAAUAUCUAUAAAAUACAUUUCAACCAUUGGAUAUGCAUGGACAUACUCCAUUUUGAAUGUAACAGAAAAUAGAAGACAUGAAAUGACUUCUACACCGUCUUCUCGCUGUCAUCGAGCAGUUCUUUAGAGAGUUUGGGCUGGUGCUUCUUGUGACGCCUCCAGUUGUGCUGAGCCGUGCUGCAUCUGUUCAACAGACAUCAACUACCUUAUAAAUAAUUGUAGAUGUU